AAGGUAUUUGACGCACCACCUGAGGGAAAAAGAAAGAUCGUUGUCGCAACAAACAGUGCAGAGACGUCACUCACCAUUAAUGGCAUUCGUAUUGUUAUUGAUUCAGGCAUGGUGAAAGAGCCGUCCUUCGAUCCUGACAGAAAUAUGACCACUUUGGAUGUUAAACUUGUGAGCCAGAGUUCUGCUAAACAGCGGACUGGUAGGGCAGGUACGUUGUAGCGCUUUUACAGAACUGGCGAACACGUUUGGAAAGAAUGAAUGGCGGAUAUGGUUAGCGCGCUGUUCCUUACUGUUGUUACUUGAUGUACAAUUACUUUGCCCUGACUUGAUGCACAUGAAAACUCAUGUAAGUUGAAUUGUGGUUGGUUUUCCCCUGUGCUUCAAGGGUUUUCCUCUUUAAAAUCCUACGGUUGACUUCCUUCAGCAAAAAUAACACUUUCGCUCUGCUCCGUAGUGAGACAUGGGUCAAUUUGACUCUCAGCUGCAAGAAGAUUGCAACCCGUACUUGAGUGACUGUGGACAAUAUCGUAAAAGAUUUGCCAAAAAAAUUAACACUUCAUACUAUAUUGUAAAUUGUGCUGUAUGGCGUGAGUUAUGUAUACAACUUGCGAAUACGAUUGGGAACGAACGAAUGGCGGAUAUAGUAGGCGCGCAGUUCCUUACAGUUGUUACUUGAUGUACAAUUACCCUUACAAUUAUCAUGAAGUAUUGUUACGUAUAACAGGACCUUUAUUUUUAGCGGGAUGUAUAUUUCUGUUCAGGAUAACUAAAAUCUGUAAUUUUCUUUAUUGCUAGGUCGUACAGGGCCAGGCAAGUGUUACUGUAUGUAUACAGAAGAAGAUUACAACAACAUGGACUCAAGUACAAAACCAGAGAUUUUAAAAAUGCAUCUUGGUAUGGCUGUCCUUCAGUUGCUGAGUUUAGGAGUCACAGAUAUCGAGCAGUUUGACUUUGUUGAGAGUCCACCACCUUCUGCGCUGACGAAAGCACUAGAGAGCUUGAGACUACUGGGCGCUUUGAACCCUGACGGAACAUUGAACCAUUUAGGCGAAGAAAUGCUUCAACUACCAACUGAACCACAGCUAUCAAAGGCGCUGCUCGAGGGACUGGACCGAGGGUGUGGUGAUGACGUCAUCAUUGCCGCGGCACUUAUGUCGAGCGGACAUGACGUUUUCUAUCGAGGAACCGUUGAGAAGAGAAACGAGUGCGCAAUUCAAAAACAAGAAUUCUGCCAGACCAGUGGAGAUCUCCUGAGUGCAAUUGAUGUGUAUAAAGAGUGGUUUAAGGUGUCAUCUAAGACUCAAGUAGCCUGGUGCAAGAAGAAUGCAUUGAAUUCCAAAUUACUUCGCUCUGCUCGAGAAACUGGUAACGAGAUUCGAGAUGCGCUCUCUAAAAUACGACCUAGACUCAACUUACAAGUGACAGCAGAAAACAUCCAGGAAUCUCUCAGUAAAAGUUUGUUAGCUGGAUAUUUUGAAAAUAUAGCUUGGUCGUUUGGUCACGAGAAGCUCGGCUAUAUGACGGUUUCAUCCAAUCAGAAAGCCAUAAUUCAUCCUUCAUCUGUUCUCUCCAGUCUUGGUGAUCAGCCUGAAUGGGUACUGUACCAGCAACUUAAACGCACGAAUCAGGUAUUCUUACUUAAUCUAACACCAAUACGCUAUGACUGGCUCGCGGAAGUUGCUAUGCAUAUGUUACAGUAUAUUGAUGAAGAAACCAUUGCAAGAUCACGAGUUGUACGACACAGGAUCUACCCAAUUGGUCCAGAGCUGGUUAAAGCUGUGAUUGGCUGCAAAGGUUCAACUAUAAAGCAGAUAGAAACCUCCGUAUCAGAAUACAGUGCCAUAAUUGAUGGACACACUGCAUUUUGUGCAGUGGAAUGUAACGUUGACAAAGGAAUGGUAGAUGUCUAUACGACUAAAGAUUGUCUUAAUUACGCCAGUAACCAGGUGAACGAUGUGAUUCAGAAGAAGCGACGUGAACUUGAAGGUUACUCAGAAGUCUUCAUUUCAAAUGUUGGAGGUCUGAAGACGUUAGUUGCAAACGACUUGACAACGAGAUUGAUCCUUCAACCUGGAACAUCUUGCAAGUUUGAUGUCUUUGUGGAGAAAGAAGAUGUGAGCGAAGAGGUUUGUAUUAUUUUGUAUUGAUUUACUAUUAGUGUUGAUCUCUUUCAAAGUUGAUAUAUUGUGACAUAGCAUCGCACAUUUAGUACAGAAGGUUCAUUAGUAGGGUUUUUAAGAGGGCCACAAGUUUAUUAGUUGUCAAACUAUUAUGUGUAACUCUCGGUAAAUAAAGUUUCAAAACAACAACAAAAAAAACGGAAGGAGAUCUCAUCACUAGAAUCACAGAACCGCAGGUUGUAUUCGUACCGGGUGGUUUGUAGUAUAUCACUAUAUGGCUUUUUCCAACUACUCCCGGCUAGCUCUUUAUAAUAAUAAUAAUAAUAAUAAUAAUAAUAAUAAUAAUAAUAAUAAUAAUAAUAAUAAUAAUAAUAAUAAUAAUAAUAAUAAUGAUUUAAUCAAUAAGAUCCACGAGGUGGCUCUUCCCCUAUUGAAACUACAUACAAACAUUUUUAGCUAAGUGUAAAUAUAUAUACAAACUUAGGUAAUAUAGAAAUAAUAUUCCAUGGUGUCCCUGAAAUCUUAAAAUGCUGAAUCCUCCAUUUUUCUAUUAGGAAACCCUAACUAGGAAAUUCUCAGCAUCCCAGAGUACCAUUUCCGUGCUUUCAUUUCUAUUUCUUUACCAAAAUAAACGUUAUCUUAGUUUCCGCAAAACCUGUUGUGGACACUAAUUGUACAGUACACCACACCGUUAUGUCACGUACAUUGGCACAAAUUAAACAGGAGAAAGCCCUCAAAUAACUAAAGAGAUUUUGAAAGCACCACGUUGUAGCCUGAUUGAUGUAAUUGCGUGGAAUGAAAACAGACAUUGUAGAUUAAAGCUGGAAAAGUUGUGAAAAAUCUGUGAAGGUUGAGAAAAACCAUCUGUGUACGUAUAACAGGGUCAUUAUACUUUUGUUUAGGUCAAUUCUGAUGAAGUUCUUGACAUACUCCGUGAUGCGGGAAAUGUGAUUCAUUAUGCUGCCUGCACCAAUCCGAUGAGUGGACCUAAUUUCAGAUGGGGUGAUGUGACGUACUCUGAUGUUAGCCAAACCAAGAAAGCAAAUACCCACCUACACUCUGUUCGAAAUCGAGAUGAAUUGCCGUACAACGUGAGAAGAAUACAACUGAAACCUACCCAUGUUGAAAGUACUGCAUCUCAGAAUUAUACCCAGCCUUCUGGUGUUAAGGUUUUAGUUAGCUGGUUUCUUUUGCCUGCCAGAGAGAAAGCUUACAUCAAGUGUAAGAGUCGAGAUAUCGCUGACGAAAUAGUCUACAACCUCAACCAACAAAUGACAACGAGCUUUUCAAAAAGAUCUUUUGUGCAGAAGUCAGGUGGUGAUAUCGCUGUAUUUGUUCAGGAAACGGACGAUGAAUUUACAGUCAGGAAACAACUUGAAGGUUGUUGUACCACGUCCCAAGUUGAAGGCGUCUCGAAAAUUACAGUUCCGUCCAAUGAACUGUAUGAGGUAGAUCUUCAAGCAGAGAAAGAAAAAUUGAUGGAAGUCAUGAAAGAUUUCGAAACUGUACAAAUCCUGAAACUUUGGUUUGCAAAUUGUAAGAAAGUUCGUGCAUGUGUAGUGUUCGAGAAAUUCGAAAGCGCUCAGGACGUUAUCCUCAAGUUGAACGAAAGAAGGGACGUGUUGGGAGUUAGGGCGAUGUAUCUGGAGUUGGAGAGUAAGAGAGAAAUCACGUGUGAUGGCAGAUUGUACGACAAGAUAAGGAAGGAAAUCGAAGCACUCAAGAAUGACGAAAUCAUUAUUGAAGUGGAGCCACGUCAGAGACGUAAGAAGAUAAUAAUUACUGGAGAGGACCCUCAGGUUAGUUGUACAUGUUUAUAUGUCAAAAUAUAAGAUUAUGACUUGGAAUCCAUUUCAAUUUACGAAAAAUGACAACAAAUGGCGUGGACACACUUUCAUUUAAUAUUAGACGC